GCCAUUGGCCGAGCGGCCCGUCACUCGCGGGGACUUUCCCGCGGGGCAGUCCCGCCACUUCCUGGUCGCUUCUCGGCCGGGCGGGUCGGGUCGGUCGGGUCGGUCGGGUCGUUCGGGUCGGGCGCCCCCGGGAUCCAGUGGGGCCUUCGGAGCGCGGAGCCCAGACGCGGAGGCGGGCACCCUGAGCUGAGUUCAUGGAGGGCAGCGGGCCCUACCGCAUUUAUGACCCCGGGGGCGGCGCGGAGGCUUCAGCCGCCUACGAGCGCCUGGUGGAGGAGAACUCGCGCCUGAAGGAGAAGAUGCAGGGGAUGAAGACACUCGGGCAGCUGCUGGGCGAGUCCCAGAUGGAGGCUUCACGGCUGCGACAGAAGGCGGAGGCCCUGGUGGGGAACAACAGUCCACCGCUUUCACCGCCUUCACCAUCCUCUGCCCCCUCUGAGCCGGCUCCGCUGGCAGGGAAGGACACGAGUGUCCCCAGUAGUCCUGCCCCUGUGCUGCUCAGAGACACACCAGAGCUGGCCCCCAAGCCCCCAUCUAGCGGCUCCUCCUCCGAGUUUGAACUGGUCUUCACUGAGGAGCAGAAGCCCCCGGGGAGAGCAGCCGUAGCCCCCCCAGAGGCGCGUGCCCCAGCCUCUGAGGAUCUCCAGGUGCACCUGCAGCGACUGGAAAGCACCCUGAGCGUGUGCGCCCAGGAGCCCGACCACAGCCAGCUCUUCACGCACCUGAGCCGCAUGGCACUCGAGUUCAACCGGCUGGCGGCCAAGGUGCACAGCAACGAGCGGCGCACAGCUGUGCUGCAGACCCUGUGUGAGCAGCUUCGGCAGGAGAAUGAGGUGCUGAAGGCCAAGCUGGACAAAGGCCUGGAGCAGCGGAGCCAGGCGACUGAGCGGCUGCGGGAGGAAAACGAGGAGCUGAGGCUACUGCUGGGCAAGAAGUCAGCAGGCGAGCAGCAGCAGGCUGUAGGGACUGCGGCCAAGUCCCCUGAGGUGGGCACAGCUGAGAAGAAGGUGAAGAUGCUGGAGCAGCAGCGCCUGGAGCUGCUGGAGGUCAACAAGCAGUGGGACCAGCACUUCCGCUCUAUGAAGCAGCAGUACGAGCAGAAGAUCACCGAGCUGCGCCAGAAGCUGGCUGCUGUGCAGAAGCAGGUGACAGAGCUGGAGGCCGAGCGGGAGCAGAAGCAGCGGGACUUCGACCGCAAACUCCUCCUGGCCAAGUCCAAGAUCGAGAUGGAGGAGACGGACAAGGAGCAUCGGGCGGCUGAGGCUCAGGAGCUGCGGCAGGAGAUCCAGGCUCUGCAGGACCAGCUGGGACCGCUCGCCAGGCAGAGGGACUACCAGGAGCGGGAGAUCCAGAGGCUCAACAAGGCCCUGGAGGAAGCACUCAGCAUCCAGGCAUCCCCGCCGACCCCUACAGCAGCUUUCGGGGGUUCAGAGGCAGGGGGUGGCCGCCUUCGGAAGCAGGAGCUGGUGACACAGAACGAGUUGCUGAAGCAGCAGGUGAAGAUCUUCGAGGAGGACUUCCGGAAGGAGCGCAGUGACCGGGAGCGCAUGAACGAGGAGAAGGAGGAGCUCCGAAGGCAGCUGGAGCAGCUCCAGGCCCAAGUGGCCUCGCAGGCUGCUACCAAUAGCCUCCCUCCUGGGCUGCAGGUGCUGCAGGAUGGGGAGGAACGAGAGCCCCGUAGGCGGCCAAGGCUGAAAGCGAAGGCGCCCACUGAGCGGGUCUCUGAGCACCUCUGCGGGGCUUGCCCCUGCGCUCACCCUGUCCUGCCCGCUAUGCUGCCAGCCCAUGGCUAUGAGGACUGGGCGCAGAUUCACUACCCGCCUGCCCCGCCGGUGGAGCAUUCGCCCCCACUGCCUAGUAGCUGCGUCUUCCGCCUGCCCGAGUACCCCUGGAGACCGCCAUGCACCAGGCUGCACCACCAGAGUCCACAGGUGCCAGGCUCGCCCACUGCCAGGCCAGCAGACCCAGCGCCCACACAGAAUGAACUGGAGGAUCCGUAGUGAGCUGCUCCCCUGGGGCUCUGCUCCGGCUCCAGAGCCCCUGACCGCCUGACACGGAAGCAGCGCCAUGGCCUUGCGCUUUAGUGGCCAGAACCCGCCAGAUGACAAGCCACGGGCUGAGCCGAGCUGCCCCUGCUGGGACAGGCCUGUUGCUGCCACCGCCACCACCACCACCACCACCGAGGGGAUGGCCUCGGGCUGCCCAGUGCUGCCCUUUGCAGGCCAGCAGGAAGUCUGUGUUCCUGCUGUCCACGCCGCUCUUUUGCUUCAAGCAUGGGCACUUCAGCCCAGCUUUCGGGGGGUCUCACGGGCAUGAGGUCACAGCCAUGCCCAUUGCAGCCUGGGCAGAGGCCAUGCAGCUGGCUGGCUCUGCCCCAGACAGCUGUUUGCACAAAUCCCUACCAUAAACCUACCAUGAAGGACAGCA